UCGAAAGAUCAAGUUGCGAGGGAUAUCAUCGAGCACGAGGUCAGCCACGAUGCCUCCAAAACAGUCUGCAGCAGCUUCUGGCUCACAGAAGUUGACCCCGCAAGAGGUCCCCGCCGCAUUUCAACGAUAUCGAACGGAAUUGCAGAACCUCGCUCAAAAGAUUGGCGAGCUGGAAUCAGAGUUGGAGGAGCAUGCUCUGGUCCUUUCCACUCUUCAACCACUGGUCAAAACGGCCCCUACACGCUCGUGUUAUCGAUUGAUCGGAGGUGUAUUGGUCGAGCGAACAGUCACUGAUGUGGUCCCCGCGCUCGAGACCAACUACAAUGGGAUCAAAGAGGUUCUGGAGUCGCUGGUGAAGAAUUAUAAGGGGAAAGAGGAGGAUUUUGUAAAGUUUCAGAAUGACUAUGGCAUUCAAAUGCCAGGAGCGAGGUAACGCGAGCAACGACCUCUGAGCUAGAACCAUACUGUAGCAUAUAAUCUCGUGGGUCAUCCACGCACAUGGACACCAGCAAGGCUAUUCGUGGCCGGUCGGACAGACUGCCCAUCUUUAUUUGCGCAAUCACGUCGCAUUUGGUCUUCGUCGCGGGAGAUCGGGAGACUCGAGCUGUCCACGGGAAUAGCAUGACGAGAUUCCUUGGACCUCAUCAACACAUCAUUCUGUCUGACAUUACGGCCCAUAUGCAUCCAUGCACCUUAGCGGGCCUUACACCCGUACGGAUGUGUCCUUGUAAGAAUGCUGCCAGUGUGCCUUGAC